AUGGCCGCUAAGUCGGACGGAGCAGCGGUGUCUGUGGAGGAUGACAACACGCCCAGGAGCGCGUCUGAAGCGGGGAUCUCCGCAGCCCGAGCCCGCUGCACGGCCACGCCGGGCUCCAGGCCGUACACGGCGCUGGACUGCUGCUGGGUGCUGUGCGCGCUGCUCGUCUUCUUCUCCGACGGAGCCACAGACCUGUGGCUGGCCGCGGACUACUACCUGCGCGGGGACUACUGGUGGUUCGGCUUGACGCUGGUGUUCGUGGUGGUUCCGUCCGCGGUGGUGCAGGUGCUGAGUUUCCGCUGGUUCGUCUAUGACUACACCGAGCUGAGCGGGACAGGAGAUGGAAGCAGCGGUGCCGUGGCGACAGAGGCGACAGGAGAGAACGCGCUCAGCAGCACCAAGGACAGCGAGCAGGCGGCAGCUCUCCACACGGGCACCGCGGGCUCCGCGCAGCCUGCUCCGCGCCGCUGCUGCACCGUGUGCGUGUGGAUCUUUCAGAGCACGCUGCACGUCCUGCAGCUCGGCCAGGUCUGGAGAUACAUCCACACCCUGUACCUGGGUGCUCAGAGCAGGUGGCACAGUGGUGGUGGCAGGCCUCGGAGACACUUCCACUGGAGGCUGAUGUUCGAGAGCGCUGACAUCACCAUGCUUCGCCUCCUGGAAGCUUUCCUCAAGUCCGCCCCACAGCUCGUCCUGCAGCUCAGCAUCAUGAUCCACGGCAACAACGUCCUGCCGCUGCAAGGUCUGUCUGCCUCGGCCUCCCUGGUCUCUCUGGCCUGGAUGAUCGCGUCCUAUCAGAAGGUGCUCAGGGACUCGCGGGACGAUAAACUGCCCAUGUCAUACAAGGCAGUGAUCGCGCAGAUGCUGUGGCACUUCUUCACCAUCGGCGCUCGGACCGUGGCCUUCGCGCUCUUCGCCUCCGUCUUCCAGCUCUACUUUGGCAUCUUCAUUGUCAGCCACUGGUGUGUCAUGACCUUCUGGAUCAUCCAAGGCGAGACCGACUUCUGCAUGUCCAAAUGGGAGGAGAUCAUCUAUAACAUGGUGGUGGGCAUCAUCUACAUCUUCUGCUGGUUCAACGUCAAAGAGGGCCCCAGCCGUUUCCGCAUGACCGUCUACUACACUGUCACCCUGGCUGAAAACGUGGCCCUCACAGCAGCCUGGUACACCUACCGUGGGCCGCACACUUCCGACUCCUCCGCCCUGGUGGUGGUCUGCCUUGUGGCUUGCAGUUUUGCUCUCGGCACCUUCUUCAUGCUGGUGUACUACUGCUGGCUCCACCCGGACGGCCCUGUGAUUGGCUCACAGUGGGGGGGUUGUGUGGAUGAGGGCGUGGUGGGCGCUGGAGGGGUGGCCGGGGUCAUUGACGCUUGCCUGACCCCAUCGCAGGGCUCCCAAACGGACAUGGUCAUCACCAGUCCACCCAGGACUCUACCCAGGACUAAGGGGGAUUCCGGGGACCCCACGCCAGGUGACAGGGACAGUUGCUUGCCUGUGUUCCAGGUGCGCCCCUCCCCCGCCUCGUCCCCGGCCUUGCUUCACAGGACCUCCUCGUCAUCGCGGCAGGAGGGUCCCGUGAUCCGGAUCGACCUACCCAGGAAAAGAUACCCGGCCUGGGACGCACACUUCAUCGACAGGCGUCUCCGGAAGACCAUUCUGGUACUGGAGACGACGUCCGCAGUGAGCCCGAGGAUACAGUAUCGGAGCAGCUUGAUGGGCAGCAAAGAGGUUUUAGAGUAUGAAACCACUGUCUAAGCUCAAAAAGUGGAUAUUCAAAUUGAAAUCUCCAAAUCUUAAUGCCCUGCAGUGUUUCUGGGGACUCUUCACUUGAAAAGGAAAGGAUAUUGGGCGACAUUUUUUUACAAGAAUGAGGUUGUUUGAUUGUAAAAUGUGAAGUGCAAUCGUAGAGCAAGGUCCUUGUGUCUUACUAGGAAGAAGUAUGUUGAAUGGACAAGUAUAAAGUAAAAAAUGAGCUAGAAGGAGCUUUCAUCUUUGAACCGGUGAUUCUAAGAUGCUCUGGUCAGAAAUAUGAAUGAACUUAGGAGCCACAAUGCCUGUCUGAGGAGAGUUACAAACCUGGUGCAUGAUUUCUAGCCACGUAUCCUUGCAAACUAACAGAAGAUUUCUAAGGUAAAUUGUGGUGAUAAAUACAAGGAUAAUGUCUGAAUGUGAAUUUGAAGACCCUAAUUUGUUUAAUUUGGAAGGAUAGUAUUUGAGAUAUAUAGCAAUGCAUUUGGGCAUUUUCUUUCAGUUAUUCCUUGGGUCGUAGACGGUUGGUGUACCCCGGCAAAGGCAACUAGUCACAGGGCUGACACAGUUAAAGUCUGCUGGCUAUAACGCUUAAUACAAUAUUAUUUUCACAAACACUCCUACUACAUCAUUUUGUGCCAGAAGAGAGAAGAAACUCAGAAUCAAUAUCAUAUAUCAUAAUUAUUUUUCUGUAUGUCUAUAGCCAUAUAGUGGGGGAGUUUGCUGACAAAGUGACAAAAAGAUAAACUAUAGUGUUCAUGUGGUGCACAAUACAGA